AUGUCCAAGAUCCUCUUUAUCGCCGCUACUACCGCCUUUGCCGUCGUCGUCAAGGGUCAAUCUGCUCCCAACUGGCAAUACAUCCCCUCUGCUUGCGCCGACACUUGCUCCCAGACCGUCGAGUCUGCCUACCUCUGUGAAACCACCUACACCAGCAACACCGACGUCUACGGCUGUUUCUGCAACAACUACCCCACCGACGCGUCAGACUGCGCCACCUGCCUCACUUCCAACGACGCCGCCGCCCUCGCCUCCCUCUUGACUUCUACCCAGACUGCUUGUCCUACUGCUAUUAGCGAGUGCUCGUUUGAGUGUGCUUUUGACACUUGUGAUUCUAGCGACAUUUCUUGCCAGUGCGGUGCCGAGUACCUCGAGAACAUUUACAACUGUGCCUCUUGCAACACUGCCAACGGCAACACCGCCGCCACCCAAAUCUCCGACUUCAACUCUCUCCAAGAAUCUUGUUCCAACCAGAACUAUACCGAUGCCGACGGUACUUUUACCACCAAUGCUUUGCCCACUAUCAACACUGACGGCUACACUGCCCCUACUCUGACUGCGACCGGCGGCGGUUCCGCCGCUUCCGACACUGCCGCCGUCGGUGUCGGCGCCACGACCGCCGGCACCGUCACUGCCGAUGCCACCGCCUCCGCCGUCGCCGACUCUGACUCUGAGUCUACCGCUUCGUCUACGGCCGCCGCUGCCGACCCUUCCUCCUCUUCUUCCGACGACUCUUCCUCCUCCUCCUCCGAUGAGUCUUCGUCCGACUCGUCUUCCUCCGAAGACAGCGCUUCUUCCACAGCCGCCGGGUCCAGCUCCACCAGGACCUCUUCCGGCUCCGCCCGAGCUUCUUCUACCCGGAGCACCUCCGGUUCCUCUACCGCUUCUAGCAGCGACUCCUCUUCUUCCAGCUCUUCUUCUGGGGCUGGUAUGGUCUCCCCUGCCAUGGGCGGUGUGCUCGCUGUGGCGGGUGCGGUCCUUGCUUUGCUCUAA